CAACAUUUAGCCGGGUCGUAUCACUCUGAGCACUUUUCUCUUCUAGUUUCGUAAUACCACCACCGCAGUUUUGUUAAAAGCUGCACUGCGGCAGCUGGUUGAAAACACACACUCUCUCACCUCUUUUUUUAUUCUUUAUUUUCCCCGAAAUGAAAUGCUUUCAACCUUCCACUAUAAAUAUGGUUUAAUAUUGGUUUAUAGAACAGGACAGCUAAAGCACCCCUUCACCUGCUGAGAGGAAGAGGGGAAACAGAGAGGAACUAAAUGACAAUUUAGCUAAUCUGUUUUCUUGAAUUCAAUGAGAGAGAACCCCUUCUCAUUACAAUCAUAUCCAUAAAAAUGUGCCUUUUUUAGUUGAUCCUCAAACCCACAUUCCGGCUUCUCAAAACUCACAUUGCUAGAUUUCUUCGUUCCAAAACAAACUAAAUUUCUUUUAGCCCCAUCACAUUCUCAUCUGGUUAGGCCUCCUCUGACAAGAUUGACAUUUUUUUGUACUUGAGUCAUCCUAGCAUUUUUUUGCUGCGAAAUGGGAAAGUAUUUUUCUAGCUCAUUCGAUGAUUUGGACAGUGAGGUUGAAUCAUAUUUAGUGAGAACUAUAAGUUUUGGAAGUGAUGGCUUGAAGACCACCAUCGAAUCCAUAAAUUUCAGCAGCGAUGACACAGAGUCUCCCAUAUUAAAAUCACUCGGCUCAGGAAAGAUGAUCCUUAAAGGGUCACUUAGUUUUAAGGGCGGGGAAUUGGAGACCAAGAUCUCCUUGGUGUCUCCUGUUUUCCAUAAGGAGACAAUUAGAUCGGGUGGCAUAGCAUAUGAAAGACUGCCCACACCAGAUGGUGUGAAAGCCCUACCUCCCGCCGGCAUUUCUAACCAAAGAGACCUGGCUGCUCUAAAAUUGCAGAAGACAUAUAAGAGUUUUCGGACACGAAGGCAACUAGCAGACUGUGCUGUACUUGCAGAGCAAAGAUGGUGGAAGAUUUUAGAUUCAGUCGAACUCAAGUACAAUUCUAUAUCAUUCUUUGACAUUGAGAAACCUGAAACUGCCAUUUCUCGUUGGUCCAGAGCAAGUGCAAAAGCUGCUAAGGUGGGAAAAGGUUCGUCGAAGGACGAGAAGGCACGUAAACUAGCUCUGCAGCACUGGCUUGAAGCAAUUGAUCCACGUCAUCGCUACGGUCACAAUCUUCAGUUUUAUUAUGUCAAGUGGCUUCAAUGUGAAAGCAGGCAGCCUUUCUUCUACUGGUUGGACAUUGGUGAAGGUAAGGAAGUAAAUCUAGAGAGGUGCCCUAAAUCUAGACUUCAACAGCAGUGCAUUAAGUAUCUUGGACCGAUGGAAAGAGAGGCAUAUGAAGUGACAGUGGUAGAGGGGAAGUUUUGCUAUAAGAAGACCGGUAAGGCCCUUGACACAAGGGGAGGCCCUGAAGGUGCCAAGUGGAUUUUUGUGCUAAGUGUGUCAAGGGUUUUGUAUGUUGGAAUGAAGCAUAAAGGAACCUUCCAGCAUUCUAGUUUCUUGGCUGGUGGUGCUACAUUGUCGGCUGGGAGGUUAGUCGUAGAAGAUGGCACUCUGAAGGCAGUCUGGCCACACAGUGGGCAUUAUCUCCCUACAGAAGAAAAUUUUGAGGAGUUUUUGUCUUUCCUCAACGAUCACGAUGUUGAUAUUUCUGUUGUACAGAAAGCACCAAGUGGUGAGGAGGAAGAAGCCUUCAUUAUGAAGGAAAAAAGUUUAAGCCUAAAAAAACACUCCAGUGAAGACUGUUCAGGUGAAAAUCGGGAUGUGCCAAAGUCAAGAUGUCCACCGAGACGAAUGAGACCAAACAUUGCCAAACUCCAGAUUCCGAAGAGGGAUGACAUCAUUGAGUUGUUCAAAGAACAGAAAGAACACAAAUCCAUUGCAGAAACACCAACAGAUGGGUACGUCACAGCAGAAGAAGACGAGCUUUCCGAUACGGACAUUUCGGUUGCCAAACACAACUUAUUCGUGGGUGAAAAUGAAGAAGACUAUGACGAGCAUGUUCCUAAAGAUAAGAUUAUCAAAAGGAUAAACUCUCAUAAGAAAAUGAAAUCCUAUCAGUUGGCCCAUCAACUCUCAUCCAGAUGGACAACUGGGGCAGGACCGCGCAUUGGAUGCAUGAGGGACUACCCCUUAGAGCUCCAAUUUCGUGUGUUGGAGGAGGCUCAGUUGUCCCCUAGGAGUGGUGCUCAUUUGUCUACCCGGAAAUCUGCCCGUUCACACGCAAGCAAUUCAUUUAAAAGACCAGUGACCGCCAAAAGUCCACUUGCAGCAAAACCAAACACCCCCUUAGUGCUGUCCUAAAUGGAAGGGGAUAAGACAUAUACUAAUCCCUAGUUUUUCUUUUAGAUGGAAAAUAUGAAGUUGGAAUGCAUGUCCUGCCACUUCUAUAGCAAAUCUGUAGUUUCAGCCAUUCUUUUACUAUUCUUUUGUAAAUCAUACAAAAGAGGACAAAUGAUUCCUCUUUCAUCGUUAUUCUUAAUAUAUUUUUCUUUUAAAAAAUGAAGUCUUGAGUUCUGUAAUCCCUACUUUCAUGUUCCUUGAGUUUUUCCAAACAUUGAU